AUGCGCGUCCUCACGGCUCUGAGUUUGCUUUCGUCCCUUUCAGCUGUGCUGGCAUCAUCGCACCAUUCGCACCACAGUCACUUCCACAGACGUUCUAACGACACCACUGAAUAUGACUAUGUGAUAGUCGGAUCCGGUGCAGGUGGUGGUCCCCUCGCAGCUCGUCUCGCCCUCGGCGGCUACAAAGUCCUCCUGAUCGAUGCCGGAGAUGACGAGGGCAAUGCAACCCAGCAGAUCGUCCCUGCCCUGCAGCUGCAGGCCACCGAAUACGAGCCUAUGCGCUGGGACUUCUUCGUCAACCACUACCCGAACCUGACCCGUCAAGAACAAGACUCCAAGAUGACCUACCGCACCCCGUCUGGCGAUCUCUAUGUCGGUGCCAACCCGCCCGCCGGCUCAGAACCGCUGGGCAUCCUGUAUCCCCGAGCAGGCACACUGGGCGGUUGCACAGCGCACAACGCGAUGAUCACGGUGUAUCCAGACGACUCUGACUGGCAGCAGAUCGCCGACAUCACGGGCGACAGCUCCUGGAACCCGGACCACAUGCGCACCUACUUUGAGCGUCUCGAGCGAAACCGCUACCUGCCGUCAUCCGUCGUGGGCCAUGGAUACAAUGGCUGGCUGACGACGAGUUUGACCUCGCUGGGUCUCGUUGUCGAGGACCAGAAGCUGCUGUCCCUGAUCAUCUCUGCAUGUACGGCGGUCGGUAAGACUGUGCUAUCAGCCCUCGUCAGCACCGUGACGGGCCUGGCGGGUGUCUUGCUGCGCGACCUUAACGACCCCAACCGCGGUACCCAGACCGGUCCAUACCAGGUGCCCAUCGCCGUGACUGUUCCCGAAGCAAGGCGCAAUGGACCUCGGGAUUUCAUCAUGAGCGUGGUCAACGCCGUCAACCCGGAUGGUUCUCGCAAGUACCACUUGGACAUCCAGCUCGAGACACUUGUCACCAAAGUCCGUUUCGACACGUCCGGCUCUGUCCCCCGCGCCGUCGGAGUCGACUACCUUCAGGGCAAGAGCUUGUAUCGGGCUGAUCCACGCUCCACGAAUGUCACCGGCGGAAUCCCUGGCAGUGUCAAUGCCAAGCGAGAGGUCAUCCUGUCUGGUGGCACCUUCAACACCCCGCAGCUGCUCAAGCUCAGUGGCGUCGGGCCCAAGGAGGAACUGGAACGGUUUAACAUCCCCGUCGUGGUCAACCUGCCCGGUGUCGGCACCAACAUGCAGGACCGUUACGAGACCACCGUCGUCGGGGAGUCGGACACCGACUUUUUCAUCACUGCGAGGUGCACGUUCUUGAGAGAGCAGCCGGAUCCCUGUCUCGUGCAGUGGCAGAACAACCAAGUCGACCACGGGACGUAUGCGACGAACGGCAUUGCCAUCGCCAUCUUGCAGAACUCGACCACGUCCACAACUGCUACACCAGACCUCUUCAUCUCUGGCGCCCCAGCCAAUUUCACCGGCUAUUUCCCCGGUUACUCGGACAUCGCGCUGAAGGACGCCAAGCACUGGGCCUGGAUCGUCUUGAAGGCGCACUCGCGGGACAACGCCGGCACAGUCACGCUGCGCUCCGCCGAUCCGAGAGACACUCCGAUCAUCAACUUCAACUACUUCGACACGGGUGUGACCGAUGGUAACGCGGACCAGCUGGACCUGCAAGCUCAGUACGAAGGAAUGCAAUGGGCGCGCCGGGCGUUCAAGGAUCUGAUUCCCCUUGACGGUACCUUCACCGAGGUGUGGCCCGGUCCGAACGUGACGACGGAGGAGCAGAUGAAGGACUUCAUCAAGCGUGAGGCCUGGGGCCACCACGCCUGCUGCACGAACCCGAUCGGAGCGGACGACGAUCCCAACGCGGUUCUGGACUCGAACUUCCGUGUUCGCGGUGUCGAUGGUCUGCGGGUGGUUGAUGCCUCGGUCUUCCCCAAGAUCCCAGGCUACUACAUCGCGCUGCCAAUCUACAUGAUCAGUGAGAAGGCGUCCGAUGUGAUCCUGGCUGCCGCUAAUGCCACUAAUGCCAGCUGA